AGGAGCUGAAUUGGGUUGCUCAGAUUUGCAGGACCUGGGUUCGGAGGACAGACGCAGGUUUCCACCAGGGGGCGCGAGGACUCCGUGUCAUUUUACUAACUCCACCAGGUGGCGCUGCCUCCCUCCUCUGGUCCUCCAAGGUUGGGGAGCCGGCCGGCGGAUUCGCCUCUACUGAUUGGGAGAGCCACAGCUAAACUAUUUGCAUAAUCUUGAAAGGGCCAUGCUGAGUGGUUGAGGUAUAGAAGCAGAAGCUGAAACGAGCCCUCUCAUUGGCUUAAAUUUCCCCCCUGCGUCCACAUCCCGGUCAGAUUGGGCCCGGAGGUCAGUCGGAAGCCUCCGGCUAGUGGCGAGACCGGGACCUCAGUCCGCGUAUUAGGCGCUGCAGGGAGUUGGAAAUGUGCAUCUAGAGAGGGACAGCGGCUCUUGGCACCUGCCUCCACCCACCCACCGAGGUCCUAUCCACCCGCCUUGGCCCCCACCCGUGCUGCCCUGGGGUAGGAAAAGGAGUCUCAGCUGCAGCUUCUGACAUCCCGGGGCACCUGACUCGAGUGUAGAGCUUAGUUUGCCCCUCUGGAAAGUGGACCAGUGGCUUACAGAGGUGUGUGCCAGGGUGGACCGUGGAGGUCUGCUCAUACGGAAGCUUGUUCUUGUAGAGUCGCUCAAAAGUAGGUCCCCAAGGUUCAGAGGCGCGCGGUAUGGGUACCGAGAAUGAAAGCCCAGAACCGGACUGCCAGAAACAGUUCCAGGCCGCAGUCAGUGUCAUUCAGAACCUGCCUAAGAAUGGCUCUUACCGCCCCUCCUACGAAGAGAUGCUGAGAUUCUAUAGCUACUACAAGCAAGCUACCAUGGGGCCCUGCCUCGUCCCCCGGCCUGGGUUCUGGGACCCAAUAGGACGAUAUAAGUGGGAUGCCUGGAACAGCCUGGGCAAGAUGAGCAGGGAGGAAGCCAUGUCUGCCUACAUCACUGAGAUGAAGCUGGUGGCACAGAAGGUGAUCGACACGGUGCCCCUGGGCGAGGUGGCAGAGGACAUGUUUGCUUACUUCGAGCCCCUGUACCAGGUGAUCCCUGAUAUGCCGAGGCCCCCGGAAACCUUCCUGAGAAGGGUCACAGGUUGGAAAGAGCAGGCACUGAAUGGAGAUGCCAGGGCUGCCCCAGAGCUUCCCUGCCCCCCCAGGGAACCAGCACUCCCAAAUCCAGCCCCCGUCUUGUCACCAGUGUCACCUAUCCCCUCCCCAGAGUCCCAGCCACCUAGGGACCUGGACUCCGAGGUUUUCUGUGAUUCCCUGGAGCAGCUGGAACCUGAGCUGCAGGUCUGGACAGAGCAGAAGGGAGCCCCUGGAGGAGAGCCUGACACCAGAAACAGCUCCACGCUCCCCGCAGAGAAAGAGGGCAGCCCGCUGGGGCCCCAGGAAUUGGACACGUGGCUGGUGGGGACAGUUCGGGCGCUGCAGGAGAGCAUGCGGGAUGUCCAGGGUAGACUGCAGAACCUGGAGAGCCUGCCCAGCGUCGUCGAGCAGCAGAGGACCCCGCCCGGUGCCCGGCCAUGGCCCCUCAGGCUCUCGGGUCCCACGCUGCUCUUCUUCCUCCUGUGGCCCUUCAUCGUCCAGUGGCUCUUCCGACAGUUUCGGACCCAGAAGAGGUGACUCUCAGUGGAGGGGUCUCUGUAGCCAACUGAGGUGGCUAUGAGCCCCCUGUCCUGCUGUGCCCUGAGCCUUCCUAGGGUUUAGGAGAACAGCAUUAACUCUGUGUUCCCACCAUUCAGUGUUUGCCUCUGCACCGCUCCCUUAUCGGGGGGCCAUUUAAGAGCCCAUCCUUCUCCGCGGCUUCACAUGGACACCUUCUCCUCUCCCGCCCAAACACCCAGGCUCCCUGGUGAGGGUGCAGUAGUGGUGCACGUCCCGGGUUCUGAGUUGGCCGUGACUCGGGGGCGGGGCUGCCGGGUCUCAGCCUCCGCCCUCCCCACCCUCUGGGUCACCUGACUCUUCUCCCACCCCAGUCUCUCCCGGUGGAGGCCCAGCUCUUGGGCAAGUUGGGACUUGGGCCGGGGCCUGGAAGAACGAUUGGCUGAGAGGCUGCGGGAGGAAGGCCAGGAGGCCCGGCCGAGUUGGGGGCAGGGGAGUGAGCUCCGUUUUGCUGGUCUCCCUCCCCCUGCACAUACACACUCAGGACGUCUUCACGGAAGACUCACAAAUGUUUCACUAAAUAAAAUAAGACCUUGAUCUUCUGCCUUCUGGGUCCCCACGGAGUGAGGCGGGAAGCCGGGUCCGGGCGCGCAAGGCACAAGUCUUCCCUGCCCCACCCCCAGUACCCCCGAGGACGGUCCCGAGAGGAGGGCGGCUUUCCCUCCUCCCGGGGCAGGAGAGGGGAGCACUGCGGCCCUGGGCCCGAAGGGGGCGGGGCGGCCGAGGGAGGGGAGCGGGGCCUACCGCCGCCACGGCCGGGGGGUGGGGCCAUGUCGCGACCCUCCCCCCCCCCCCCCCCCCCCGUCGGGGGGGGGCGUCUGGCGAGCUGGGGGGUGGUGGGAGGAGAGGAAGCCGGCGCCGGGACCGAAGGGCGGCUGCUCGCUGCCCUGUGCGCGGGCCGCAGGGAAGGGGCUUCGGGUCCCCGGCCCCGGAAGUGCCCACCGCCCGCUUCCCCCUCCUUAGCUGCUCGUUCCCGGUGUCCCCGCCCGUGACCUCCGCGCUCGGGCUUUCCCAGGGAACUUUCUGGAAGGCCAAGACCCAGCGGGAGCCUAGUCCCGCCCCACCCUGAGGAGUGGGGGCGGGGCCGCUCCUUGGGAGCCCCCGUCGGGGUGGGCAGAGCGCCCGCGUGGGCACAGAGCUCCGGGUGACGCCCGCUGCUCGGGCCCCGAACUUAUUUUUCUCAUCGCCGGGCGGCCUUGGCCUCCUUCUGGUCUCCGACAGCCCUGUCGCCCCCGCCCCCACCCCGUGCGGCCGCCCUGGCUCUAGCAGUGGCCUGUAUUCGGUGGCGAAUCCGCCACCCCGAGCGCCUCCUAGUGUUGGCCCCUGACAGGCCACUGGCCAGGGUCCCCAUCUGCAGAGGGCCACAGUUGCCACCGCCUGGGCCCCAGGACCUUCCUACCCUGGGUGAGGAAGAGGUAGUUCUGAAGUCUCCUUCUUGGAGACCCUUAAAUUCCUAGGUUCCCUCUAUCAGCCCCUGGCCUUGACCACUGCCCAAGGUUGGGUAUCAUUCGACCCACUGGUAGCCUCAGUCACUCUUUGACUGUCAGUCUUUCUUCCAAGGUGGGGAGGGUGUCCCUCAAAACACACACGGGCCCUCCUGCUCCGCGGUCCAGUCCAGUUUCGCAAGCAGAGGUUGAAUAAACCCUUGUGUGAAGGAUGGACAACAGCAGGGUAGCGGGAGAAGGAGCAAAGUGGUGCUGGGGAUGCAGGCAUGGGCACACAACUAGCUGUGUGACUUGGGCAAGAUUCUUAACUGCUCUGAACCUGGGCUGCCUUCUUUGUAAAAUAAGGAUGAAGAUCUCUUCAUCAUAAGGCAGUCCUAAAUGACCAAGACAUGUAAAGUGGCUGGCGAUGGCUUAAAACUCCGUUAACAUCAAGGUGCCUGGCCUCUUGUUUGACAGAAUUCUAGAAUCCCACAACCUAUCCAUCUGCCCACCCCUCCCCACAUAUGACAAAUGAGCCCUGCCCAGUAAACUGAGGCUGGCUGGGCUCAGCUAUACCUUUCAAUCCCCCUGAAUGAGAGUACCCAGGAGUCCUCUGGAGUCUGAAAUUUUAACAAUACAAAGGUCUCUGACUCCCAUUCAAGUUCUCUGCAAAACCCCUUUUCUCAGGGAGUUCUCAGUGUGGGGGGCAGCUCUUGCUUACAGGGAGCCCUGCAGGACUGAUUAAGGAGCACAAAGAAGGCCAGGCUUUUCAGAUGCACCUGAAUUCUUGGAAGCUCAGGGGCUCGUGUGGGCAAUUUCAAAACAUUUGGUUGUGCCCCAGAGGCAGUCUUGCUCGCCUGUCCCUUGGGGCAUACCCAUCACCACCUCCCCACGGAACCACUGAGUUCCCAGACAAGUCCUUUCUUCGGACGCGAUGCUUGCUCUUUAUAAAAUGUUCUUCUUCAUGCUACUAGGCCUGAAAAUGCUUCAUCGUUCAGAGAAAGCCAAAAAGACACCUCCCCCACGCAUCCUGUCCAUAAUUCCCAACUCCUGAGCAGCUUGGCUCAAAAGAUCCUACCAGGAUUUUCUUCACUUGCCAUUUUGGCUCACUGUGGUUUAAUGGUUUCUCUACACUGUCCAUGAGCAGCAGAGAUGACAUUUCAUUCAUCAUAGUUUCUCCUAACAAGUGUUUGCUAAAUGAAGAAAUGAGGACCUUAGACUGAAGCUGUUGGAAAUGGAA